AUGUCGUCUACAAACGAAUUCGAAAAUACUUUUGAAGAUUUGCUUCAUAAACCCACAAUCAACUCCAUAUCAGACACUUUAAGUGAUGUUGAUGUUUCAAACCCUUUUCAUGAUACCAUCUCCUCAUUAAUUGUACCAGAAAAAAUAAAUGAAGAAACUGACUUCAUGAGUGAAUAUAGCAGUUCUAUAAACAAUGUUUUUGCAAAUGAUCUUUCAGAUCCUUUAGAAAGUAUGUUGAGUUCGGCCAUUUCUGAAACCAAACUAUCUGAUGAGGAAAUUUUUAAUAAUUAUCAUGAUAAUUAUGAUGACGACGACGAAAGAGAAUUUGAAAAUAUAGAUGUUUCAUCGACUAAAGAUCUUGAUGGCAUCGCUUCAUUUUCUAUUGAGAGUCAAACACAUGAAGAAACUAACAAUUAUGAAGAAUUGUAUAAUCAAUUUGAUGGUUCAGAAAAUGGGCUGAAUCCUAUAUUUGAGAUUUCAGUGGAAGAUCCUCAAAAGAUUGGUGAUCCAAUUAAUGCUCGCAUUGUAUAUAAAACAUCAUCAAAAGAUUUUAAAAGCAACGAUUUUACGGUUUUGAGAAGAUAUCGUGAUUUCUUAUGGUUGUAUAAUCAGCUUACACUUGGGAAUCCAGGUGUAAUUGUUCCCCCACUUCCAGAAAAGCACGCUAUGGGACGUUUUCAGGAUGAAUUCAUAGAAAACCGUCGUCAGGCGCUUGAAAAAUGUUUGAAUAAAAUUAUUUCACAUCCAAAUUUAUGCAAAGAUCGAGAUUUGAAAAUAUUCUUAGAAUCUGAUAAUUUUAACAUUGAUGUAGUAAGGAGAAAUGAAGAACCCAAGGGUGUUUUAAAAUCAUUGGGUGAAGCUGUUUCUAAUGUUACCGCAUUUAAUAAGUUUACUGAAAUGGAUGAUUGGUUUGAAGGCCGUAAAAACCAAUUAGAUAUACUCGAAUCACAAUUGAAAACACUGCUUAAAUCUGUCGAGUUGGUUGUUAGACAGCAGAAGGACCUUGGAGGUUCAGCAAUUGAAUUUGGUGAUAGUUUGUUUGCAUUAUCUGAUGUUGAAGUUAAUAAACCAUUAGCAAACAAUUUAUCAACUUUAGGGAAAUUGCAACAAAAAAUUAGAGAAUUACACAUAAAACAGGCACGUCAAGAUGUUUUAACAUUGGAAAAUACUAUUGAAGAAUAUAUUCGCAUCAUUGGAUCAAUUAAAGUGGCUUUAAAUUCAAGGACUAAAGUUUAUCAAAAUUGGCAAAGCGCUAUGAAUGAUUUGCAAAAAAAAAAAUUAAAUUAUGAAAGAUCAAAAUCACAAAACAGAUUAAGUCAAGAAAGACUUUCAUACAUGUUGGCUAUAAUUGCGGAGGGUGAAAACAAAGUUGAAGAUUGUAGACAUGAAUUUGAAGAUGUUACGAAAUUGAUUAAGGCAGAAUUGGACAGAUUUGAUAAAGAAAAAGUCGAAGAUUUUAAAAAUAGUAUCGAGUCAUUUUUAGAUUCUAUUAUAAAAACUAAAAAUGAGAUAAUCAAAUUAUGGGAAUCGUUUUAUCAAGAAAUUGAAUCACAUCAAAGUUUUUAA